AUGUCAGGAUCUGCUGUUGAAGCCUAUCAUGCCGCCGCCGGAGCAUCUCCCACAGGUCAAAAUGGCCAAGCUCGAUAUAAACUAGGCUCCGAGGCUUCUUCUUCUUCAGCUGUCAAAAGUCCCCCCGCGAUCGAUCAGUCUGCACGAAAGAGACACCAGAGAAUCGUUCUAGCCGACCCGGUCGCCCUCAUAUACCUAGAAGAAGACCCAUCGACAACCCUUUUACAUCGUCGGACAACCUUACAAGGAUACGAAAUCUACAUCGUCGAGCAAUGGGCAUGCUCUCGAGUGCACCCGACCUUCAUAAUCGCCACUUACACGGGCGAUCCUGGCCAUCGUAUAGAGGUCGGAGUUCUCGGCGUCCCGACGGAUAGGAACAGCUGGUCGCCUCGUCUUAAGCUAUAUUUUGACGCCGUGCAACAGUAUCAUGCAGCAGCAAAGGAAACCCCGUUAGGGACAUUGAUGGUAACCAAUUUGAGUGCUUUUCCUUCUGCACUCACGGUUAUUGCAAUCCCGGAUGGUGACAUGAGAAAAAAUCGCGAACAUUUCAUUGUAAAUGAGAACUUGAAACGUCUAGGAUGCGCAGGACGUGCAAGCCUGAAACUGCAAAAACCGUCUCCAGUAGUGGAAGCCAAGUUCUAUCAAUUGUAUAAGACGAGCGAUCGUGUACCUUUAUAUGCAGCGGUCAUGGAACUUGUCAAGCAAUGCCAGCUGGCGCUUACCAUUUUUGACAAACUCAAGCCUGAAUAUGCAGACGGCCUACUAUGUGACGUUACGGAAAAGGCAAUCAGUGAUUGGUGGGCAGAUAUUGGCACAGACUUGUACAACAUCGAGCCCAGUGACGGCAUAUUAGGUGCGACCACCGUUGCGGCGCUGCUAGGUGCGUUGAUGGGUGCGCGAAAUCGAUUACACGCCGUGGGGGCACCGGUUCCUAAAGACGUGUUUGACCUGUCAAGCAUGAAACGGGGAAUUGGUAGUUUUCAAAAGUCACAAAAGCUUGUACGUACGCGACGAUUGGAUCGUGAUACAUUCGACAGACUUCAAAGAAUUAGCCAGAAGCCGACAAACUCCGAACGCUGGGCUGGCGCCGUCAAAUCUACCGUCGCUGAGUUAAGUGGAAAAGGUGGUGAGAUGGUCAUGGGGAUGGUCGGUCGGGAGAAAGGCGGUAUUUCCGAUAUUGAAACCCUCGACUUGGAACGAUUUGUCCAGUUAGUCCACGGUGAGAGAGCCCGAUGGCUUUGGCAAGGCAAACCUCGAAAAAGCUCGCUCAACCACGGUCUAGAAAGUGGUUCGCGUGCAGAUGAUCUUGUUUUCACGACGGACGACCAAGGCAGUUAUCUUUGGGCUGGUCGUAAACGAUAUGUUGGUUCGGACUCGGGUGAUCGUGUGGUGCAAGACAGUGACGGCCCAAAGCGCCCCCAAGAACUGGCACCAGCCGUGGAAGACAAGGAUUUGAACUUAGGACGCAUUGUUUCGCGCAGUCUUACAGAAAAGGUAUCGGAUGCGAGGGCUGGUUUCGGCAGGUUCAAGGAUGCGGUUGGCAUACCCAGUCGCCGGUCUCAUCCUCAAUCUCACAGCCAUCAUCGCCACCGGCCAAAAGACUCUAUCAACCUAGAUGCGGUCGACACUACUAUCGGUGAGGGCGAAGUUGAUCAGAAUGGCGAUGUUUAUGAAGAGAAAGACUUUGGUCAUAUUCCUGAGGAGAGUAUCGACACUCCACAAACAGAAGGCCUGAAACACACACCUAGGGAGAGUAAUGCAUCAAUAACUUCGAGAAAACAGUCGGAUGUCCCAGUGGUGCCACCGGAGAUUCAUAUUGUACCAGAUUCUCCUUCAAUCAAAGAAACGAACAAGCAGGACUUGUCACCCAUACCUUCAAAAGCUGAAGAGAUUAUAAUCAAAGGAGGCGAAAGUCAAGAUGAAGAAACAAAAGACCUUGAGUUGACCAAAACUCGAUCAACCGAGGUGCCAACUGAGUCGGACACUCCAGAAGGAACAGUGUUCAAGUAUCUACGUCGAUCACAGAGCUUCCCUGAUGAAAGCAGUAGCACGUCAACGUUCGCGAGAAGAGGCCGAUGGCCUCGCCAUUUAUCCUUCAGCACGGUAGAGGAAGUCGUUCUUGUGUGGGAAGGCUUCAAGACUGUAAUAGCUGAGUCCGAUAAAGAGUCUGCCAAAUCUUUAGAAGAUCAAAUUCUUCAAGAGUGUGUUCUUCUAUCUGAUGCGCAGGCUUUCAGCUCCGGGGUCUUGGAUCUUAGUCAGCAAACGGUCCCUUGGGUCGAAGAACAGGUUGCCUCAGUGGAAUUCCUACAUCGUAAGGCCAAUGCGCUUUCAGAGGAGCUGGGAUAUCUGUAUCCGGAGCGUAUAGACGAUAUUCAAGAACUCCGAGAACGACUAAACCAGCUAUUCGGAGACGAAGGUUCGCGCUUGACUGAAGAAAUGAAGAAGAUUGAAAUGCUGGGAGCCAAGCUGGAUUACGAGUUGAAUGUCCUGGAGUCCAAAAUCGAAGAUGUCGAAGAGGGUCUACAAGACUUUCAACGCAACGUUGAUGUUGUCGAGAACCGCAUCAAAAGUCUUGUUCAGGGCGAGCAAAAGAAUGGAACGUCGUGGUUCUCAUGGGCUGGCCGGAAAUUCGGUCGUUUCUAA